AGGUGGGGACGGCUGGGCAGAGUCGUGGCUGGAGCUGAGCAGGUAGGUUGCGGGUGGGCGGAAGUGAUUUGCAAUGUGAUUAACCCAGGCAGAUGGUGGCCGUGGGGCAGCCGCCCAAUUCUCUUAGCUCAAAGCCCCUUAAUACUUCCGCUGUGUAGGUCACCUCCGGGCCUCCCCUGUGCCGGGCGGACACCAUGCCGGAGCUGGCGGCCGAGGGGGAGGCCGAGGGCUGGAGCCCGUCCCCGCCGCUGUACGAGGAGUACCGGCCGCCGCCCCUGGACAGCAUCCGCCUGCCCAGGUACGUGCUGUACCUGCUGCUGGCCGCGCUGGUGGUGGUGGCCGUCGCCUACGCCAUCGUCGGGCACCUCAUCAAAGACCUCGCCCACGACCUGGCCGACUGGGCGUUUGGCCCGAAGCCAGACCAGGAGGCCGCACCCCGGGAGCUGCGCCCCAGCCUGACCGGCGAGGACUUGGAGGGGCUGGACCUGCAGCUGGCCCUGGCCUGGCAGGGCGAGGAGGACGCCGGCGGGGGUGGGGAGGGAGCCCCCUCUGAACCCCCGCCUCCCCCGGAGCCCCGCCGCCCCUCCAUUGCCUUCAAGGACCCCCCAUCCCGAAGCUCCUUCUGGAAGCUGAUGGCAACUUGAAUCCUGAAUCUGGGUUCCGGACGCUUUGGCGGUCGUGUAGACAGAACUUACGCGCGCCGGAGCCCUUUCUGCACACCCUGAGCUGCCCGGUCGCAGCGGACGGCUUUCUCCUUCCCAGGGGACGGGUUUCUCUUUCCCAGCCGGCAGGUUCCGGGGUUGGACGCUGGCGACUUUCACAUACGCAGAGCCUGCCCGGCUCAGCCUCAGCCAAGCCGUCAGCAAACUGUGAAUUAGAAACACUAGGGCGAUUUAAAACGUUGUAAUAUUAUCGGCCAGCCUUACCGAGUGCUUAGCGUGUACCUGCUGCUGUGCAGAGCAGGCUUUUUCUAUGCAGUAUCUCAUUUAAUCCUCCGAGGUAGGACUGAUCGCCCCCACUUAAUAGAUGGGGAAACCGAGGCACGCAGUGAUGAAGUGGUUUCACCGAGGUCUCAGAGCACAGAGUGCUUUUCUCAGAAAAAGCCCAGGCAACUGACUGACUUUGGAGGGCAGGAUCUCCAAGGCGGGUCCCACCCCCAACCCCUCUGCUGGGCUCCCCUACCUCCAAAUCUUCUCCAGCCCCCACCUCGGCUGCUGGGUCUGCUUGUCUCUGGGGGGUGGUCCUGACUUCCUAAUCAGAUUGAGAGCUCCCAGACAGCACCAAGGCCUCCUUCCCUUCCAAGCCCUGCACAAGACGGGAUACACAGUCAGAGUUUAAUAGAUGCCUGCCUGGCUGGUUCAAGCAGACCUGUGGCCGUCCUGGGGCUGGGAUGUGUGAGCCCCAUCCUGCUGAAUGGCCGGUCUGCUCAGCGGUCAUCCGCAGACCUCUGGAAGAGAGGAAGUGACAGCGACUCAGCAGGCGCUCCAUAAACACCUGUGCGAUGACUCUGGGCCUUCCUACCACUCGUCUGGGCCAUGGCUGCUCCCGUGUCAGCUGGGGCGGGGUCCCCCUUCGCCCGGGCAGGGCCCACUAUCUAAUCAGCCGAGGGACCAAGGUUGAGGACAGGAGAGCCUGGAGCCUGAGUCAUCAGCCCUCCCGGGCAUCCCCACGUGAGAGCGUCCCGGUUUGCAGGUGGACGACGGGCAUGUGGCCUCUGCACACCUUCCCUGUCCCUGUGUGCUCCCAUGGCUGCUUGUGGGUCCUCAGGGGCCAAGAGCCUGGGCGAGGCAGGAUAAGCUGGGGGCGAGGCAGACCCGGCUUCAAAUCCCAGGUCAGACCUGCUGCGUGACCUUGACUUUCGUGGGCACAACGAGACCGGCACCAUUUCGCGGGGUGUUAAGAAAAGGAAAUGCGAUCUGUGAAAUUGCUGAGCACGGAGCCUCAUGUGUACUCUGAGAGCACAAAAGGUGACUCUCAAAUUUGCUUUUAGAGACAAGGUCUUGUUCUGUUGCCCAGGCUGGAGUGCAGUGGUGCAUGCAGUGGUGCAGUCGUAGCUCGCUGCAGCCUCGAACUCCUGGGCUCAAGCGAUCCUCUCACCUCAGUCUCUUUGAGUAGCUGGGACUACAGGUGCAGGCCACCAUGCUCAGCUAAGUUUUACAUUUUUUAUUUUAGAGACGGGAGGAGGUUGGUCUGGAACUCCUGGCCUCAAGCGAUUCUCCCGCCUUAGCCUCCCAGAGUGCUGGGAUUACAGGCGUGAGACACUGUACCCAGCCUCGGUAACUCUUUGUAUUUCUAAUUUUUUAAAUUUCCUUUGAGACAGGGUCUUCCUCUGUCACCCAGGCUGGAGUGCGGUGGUGCGACCAUAACUGGCUGCAGCCUCAAACUCCUGGGCUCAAGUGAUCCUCCCACUUCAGCACACCCUAGUAGCUGGGACUGCAGGUGCCCGCCGCGCCUGGCUAAUUUUUCUAUUUUUGUAGAGAUAGGGCUUGACUAAGUUGCCCAGGUUGGGCUCAAGGAUCCGCCCGCGUUGGCCUCUCAAUGUAGUGGGAUUACAGGUGUGAGGCACUGGGUGGGGCCCAGUGGGGCCCACCCUUCUUAAGAUAUUCCAGUUGUAUUUGUGAGUUCCCCCUGUGUCCAGAGUGGCAGGG